AUGGGCGCCUAUCUCUAUAGGCGCCUAUCUCUAGGGGCGCCUAUCUCUAUGGGCGCCUAUCUCUAUGGGCGCCUAUCUCUAUGGGCGCCUAUCUCUAUGGGUGCCUAUCUGUAUGGGCGCCUAUCUCUAUGGGCGCCUAUCUCUAUGGGCGCCUAUCGCUAUGGGCGCCUGUCUCUAGGGGGGCGCCUAUCUCUAGUGGCGCCUAUCUCUAGGGGCACCUAUCUCUAUGGGCGCCUAUCUCUAGGGGCGCCUAUCUCUAUGGGCGCCUAUCUCUAUGGGUGCCUAUCUCUAUGGGCGCCUAUCUCUAUGGGCGCCUAUCUCUAUGGGCGCCUAUCUCUAUGGGCGCCUAUCUCUAUGGGCGCCUAUCUCUAUGGGCGCCUAUCUUUAUGGGCGCCUAUCUCUAUGGGCGCCUAUCUCUAUGGGCGCCUGUCUCUAGGGGGGCGCCUAUCUCUAGGAGCGCCUAUCUCUAGGGGCGCAUAUCUCUAUGGGCGCCAAUCUCUAAGGGCACCUAUCACUAUGGGCGCCUAUCUCUAUGGGCGCCUAUCUCUAGGGGCGGCUAUCUCUAUGGGCGCCUAUCUCUAUGGGCGCCUAUCUGGGCGCCUAUCUCUAUGGGCGCCUAUCUCUAUGGGCGCCUAUCUCUAUGGGUGCCUAUCUCUAUGGGCGCCUAUCUCUAUGGGCGCCUAUCUCUAUGGGCGCCUAUCUCUAUGGGCGCCUAUCUCUUUGGGCGCCUAUCGCUAUGGGCGCCUAUCUCUAUGGGCGCCUAUCUCUAGGGGUUCCUAUCUCUAUGGACGCCUAUCUCUAGGGGCGCCUAUCUCUAUGGGCCCCUAUCUCUAUGGGCGCCUAUCUCUAUGGGCGCCUAUGUCUAUGGGCGCCUAUCUCUAUGGGCGCCUAUCUCUAUGGGCGCCUAUCUCUAUGGGCGCCUAUCUCUUUGGGCGCCUAUCUAUUUGGGCGCCUUUCUCUAUGGGCGCCUAUCUCUAUGGGCGCCUCUCUCUAUGGGCGCCUAUCUCUAGGGGCGCCUUUCUCUA